GGCCCCGCCCACCGGCGCUCGCUUCCCCCUCCGGUCCGGUGCGCCCGCGGCAGCGCUUCGCUCCGCGCCAUGGCCGGGUUGCUGGCGCUGCUGGGUCCCGCGGGCAGGGUGGGCGCCCGGGUCCGGCCUCGCGCCUCCUGGCUCCUGGGCGCCGCCGCUCCCUACGCUCCGCGCCCCUUGUUGCUGCCGCUGCUCCAGCCCGGGCCAGACGCCCCGCUGCUACGCGCGGUCCGCGGGGACAGCCGCGGCCGCCAGGACCCCAGCAAAAUCUCUGAGACACCAGCGCCACCUGUCAGCAGCACAGGGGAGGAAAAGCAAAGCAAGUCACAGCAGCUGAGGAAGAUUUUUCAAGAGUACGGUGCCGUUGGCGUGUCGCUGCACAUUGGAAUCUCACUAAUCUCCUUGGGCAUAUUUUACAUGGUGGUUUCAAGUGGUGUGGACAUGUCUGCAAUCCUGCUUAAACUCGGAUUUAAAGAGUCACUGGUGCAGUCGAAAAUGGCGGCGGGCACAAGUACCUUUGUGGUGGCCUACGCCAUCCACAAGCUGUUUGCCCCGGUGCGAAUCAGCAUCACCUUAGUGUCUGUGCCCUUCAUUGUCAGAUAUUUUCGCAAAGUGGGAUUUUUUAAACCUCCAGCUGCAAAGCCUUGAUGAACUCUUCAAACCUAUUUCUUUUAAAUAGAAAUUCUGGGUUAGUUUUAGGAUAGAGCUUUUCUGGGGUGGGGACAGGAAGCUAAUUGCUAUGUUCUGGUAAAGUUUUACCUUUGGCAACAAAAUUCAGGUUCUUUUAAUAAUUGUAAUUAUUUUGCUUUACAAAUGUAGUUAAUGCUAUUCAUCAUAGGGCUUAUAUGCAUAAUCUAAAAUGUCAGCAAAACAUCACAAGUUGAGUUGUCAUCUCAAACGAGACCGUUAGCCUACGAAAUGCUCCUGGAAGGUCACUGGUGAGGUUCUAGUCUGCAGAAGCCCCCGGGGUUAACCUUCGCUCAAGUUCUUAAAGGGCGACGAUUCAUUAAGCUGGCUUUUUAAAAUUCCCGUUCCUCCAGUAUCUGUCGUCAGGCUGCCUGCGGUUUAAUAGAUGAUAUGAUGCAAAACAGCUGAAUUUGAUGAAGCAGAAUUUCCAACUUAACAAUAUGUAAUCAGGAUCUAAAUUAGCAUCAACGCUUGGACGUUCAUUACACUUGUUUUAGGGAAGAAAAAUAACCGAGUAUUUCUGGUGUGUUUCAUUGAUCUGAAAACACCUUCAAAUCUGGACGUGCUGGUCCCUAUCUCAGGUGGCUUUUCUCAAAUUUCAGUGAAGUAGGUCAGGGUCAUUUGUCUCUGUUUAGGUAAAAUAAGGGAAUUUUAUCCAGUAGUAAUGGGAUCACGUGGCUCCUGACGGCCUUAUCCACGGGUGAAUUUGGAUCCUGCACACAUGGAAAGCGAAGACAAUCUUUGCUUAACCUUCUCUCUCUCAAACUUCAGACAUUCCAGAACUACCAUCACAAUGUUUACAUUGUGUUGCUACUUAUAUUUUUUAAUUGAGUUAAAGUUGUUAUGUAGAAAAAGAUUUUGUGUCACUCUCUAAAAAGGAAAGUUAGCUGCACUUGCUGUAAAUGGGAGGCAACUGUGAAAUACUGUGAAAUAAUACAAAAUAAUACAAGCCGAGGAGGGAGGGGGCAGGCAGGUGUUAUUACCUUCUGUUGAGCCAGUGCUGUGAGGGACAUUAUUAGUUGAAAACAGAAACAAGCACACAGAUUCAAAUUGACAUUUUUGUCCCUGAAACAGGAGCAGGCAGACUGGAGGAAUUCCUUUCUGUGGGAUUCAUGUAAUGCUACCUUCCAGGCUGUAUCCACACAGCACGGUCCACACUGGGACUCCGAUUCAACCAGUUCUGCCCUGCCACCUGGGUCAAGAGAGAUCCAAUUUGGGGAGGGGGUUUAAUUACAUAUGUGACAGUCAGAAAACUAAAGGAACUAUAAAUUGACCAUCCUGGUUUUACCACCUGGCUGCUGACCGUUCCCUGGUUAAGCCUUAGUAACCUAUGUCCGUUAUUUCAGUUAACUUUUACAAGAACAUUUGUGGGACAGAUUCUCCACUUGCAAGAUUGUUAAAGUGCACUCCCCCCCACACACACGCACACCCUUUUAAAGCAAUUAGCCCAUUGCCAAAAGGCUUUACUGAUUUCAAGUUGGAACUGCCUUUCUGGGAUCUAAUUCCAAGGACAUCGACACAGCUGAACAAGAUGCCUGAUAAGAGUGCUCGGCAGUCCCUCCUGUGGUCUGGGCUCUGUUUACACAGUUGGCUUCACGCUCCUAACCACCUUCUCGACCAGGCUCUCUACCACUCAGAUCCCUAGUAAUGCCUAUGCAAAAAAAAAAGCUGACGGUGAGUCCUACAGGUUUAAGGGCUGAAAUCUUAAACUUUGAUUCCAUGUUUGGAGGAAUGGAAGUGGACUGACAGGGCAAGCAAUAAAACCAAUCACCAAACCAAAUAGCCACGGCCUUCGCUUCUAAGCCCCACCUCCACUCCACUCCUGCAGCCAGUGGCCGCAACAGAACAGGGAACCUGGAGAAGAUGAGAUCAAAGGAUCAGGGAAUAUGUGACUUCACCAGCAAGAUGUACAGAUUGCUUGUAUUUACAUUGUUUUUAUGGAACUAGGGGAAUAAAACAUCUAUUUUAAAAAUGUAAGCCAUUGUUCAUCCCUAACUUAGUAUCUGAUGAAACAAGCCGCUUAAAUUCCCUGAAACAAACAUCUUUGUGGUGAA